GUCGUAAACAAACAUAUUGGUCACCUCCCCUUUUCGCCCGUUUUGUCAAAGUGGUGAGAGACCAAAAAUAAUAAUGCUUACCUUUUCACUUUUUUUUUUACUGCUGUUCUCUUCUUUCCCCAUCUCAACCUCUUUUUCAACGCCAAAUAUUAUUUUGAAUGGGAAAUCAAUACAGCGGUUACGAUCAUUGGCCACCAGAAUAUGACUAUGAGUACUCAUAUGGAUAUCUUCAUCGGUCAAAUGGGCUCGUCAGCCAACGUUUAACAAGUCUCGUUCAACGCAAUGCUUAUCCGUAUUAUGGCCAACAAAUGGCUUCUCCAUACUACAAUUCAUAUCCUUACGGGUAUCCAUCAACAACACCGCAGCAGCAAUAUUAUCAGCAGCCUUAUCAUUCAGGCUACUAUCCUAGAGCACAGUAUGCUCUUCCGUACCGCCAUACAUCAACCCCAUUGUUUUAAGUUCGUUCUUUUAAUGAUACAAUAAUAUGGAAAGAAAAAUAAAAAAGAAAAAAAUCAUCAGGCGUCUUCGCUGUACAUUCCCCUCGUCCACGCAUUUGCCUUGAAAUUAGUAAGAGAAAAAGCCUAUGAUACUAACCACACGCUUUCAGCCAAAAAGCCUAUUAAUUGAAAUUUCAAAGAUU